AUGGAGCUGAGACCUGAUGCCAGCCACAAGGAGAAUGUGCCCCCCAGGCCAGCAACCUCCCUGAGGCCAGAGCCACGGAGACUCCGGAAGAGCCUGGGUGUCGGCCUGGCCAGUAGACGUGGCUGGUGGGUGCCCGUGGGCCCGGCUGAGAGGGGAGGGCCUGCUGCCACACCGUGCCCGGGGACAGCGCUGCGCCAGGAGCCUUGCCGAGUCCAGAGCAACCUGGCCAGCCCCAACCCCAGCCUGGGCCUCGUCCUGAGGGACAUGACCGGCCGGCUGACCAACUCAAGCUUCCAGCAGCAGGACAACCUGCAGCCCUUGGUUGGGAGACCCCAAGGGAGAGUCCAAGACUUUGCCAUCCAGCAAAGUAACUUGUGUGCUAGGGAGACCCACACGGCUGAGUGUGGACGUCUCACCAGCCCCCAGCUCUGGUCAGAGCCUCAGGAGAGCUUCCGGCCCCACCUGAUGCCGCAGGGAAGCCCCCUACCCCGAGGGCCACUGGCUCACCCAUCCUCCAAUCUGAGGCAGUCCUGGCUGCUGGCCACAGAUAUCUCUUGCCCAGACAUCAGGCUUGCUACUGGGCUGGCCCCACUCAAAGGGCCCACAUGGUCAGACCCCAGAUCCCGGUGUGGCCUGGGGGGGUGGACCUCCAGGCUCGUGGGGGAACCCCUGACCCUGAAAGACCUGGCUGUCCCUGCCCAGAGCCCACCUCGGGCCCCAUCCCAAGCUGCCAUUCACCAGCUGCUGGUCUGCGUUCAACGCCUGGAGUGCCAGGCAGUGCGGCUCAGGUGCCAGGUAUCCCGGGAAUUCCCAGGCCCUGUGCGGCAGGAGCCCUGGACCAGAGCUGGCCAGACACUCCCUGUCCGCCCCCAGCUCAGCCAGCCUGUUCUUGAUUCCUGGGAUGAGAGGAGGAGACACUCCCGAGGCCUCAGGGAAACUACCAGUUUCCCAGAGACACCGGGGCCCCAGGAGGUUCUCUCAGACUCUCAGGCAAGUAGCAAGCAUGCAUCUCUGGGGACCACUCUGGAGAUGCUGCCUGGGGAUGCCCUUGACCCUGAGCAGGUGGUCCUUUCUGCCUGCCCCCUAAGGCAAGGAGAGCAGGGCUCCCCGGGGACUACACACGGCUGGGGGCAGAGGGGGGACCCCCUGCGCCCUCCAGGUGUGGACAGCAGGGAGGCCAGACUCUGCUCUUCAGCCUCGUCCAGUUCAGCCCAGGGCAUCCUCCCUGGGCGGGAAGGAGGGGAUGGGACCCCAAGGGAGCGGAUCAGCAGGGAGAAAGAAAGGCCAGCUUCCAGGAAUGCCCUGCAGAGCAAAGCCAGAAACACGGUGAACCUGGAGCCUGAGUUAGGCCGCUGGCAGUGGCUGUCCAGAUGUUUCAGAGCAUGGUGGCGCUGGGCACAGCGGCGGCGGGCAGUGGCGGCGGCUGUGGCCCUGGGCCGGCGGCAGCUGUUACGCAGGGGUCUGCGGGCGCUGCGGUGGGCACUGUGGCUCCGGGAGGCCCAGCUGGAGGCGGCGUGGGGGCGACACACACAGGCCCUGCUGGCCCGGACCUUCCAGAAGUGGAGACACUUGAUUCAGCAGCACAAACAAGGGCAGCCUCACUUCCACGCUGGGCCAAGACCCCUGUGCUCCGGGGGAGACCAGGACCAAGGCCCCUCAGGAAGGAAGCCGGUGGUGGACGGUGCCUGGAGAAGCAGAGGAUGGGGAGGCCCCCCCCCCCCAAACACCUGGCACUCUCCUGCUGCAGGUGCAGCCUGGGUGGCCCUACUGGACCCUCAGCAUCAGAGAGCCUGUCUCUGCAGGUGCUUUGGGGCCUGGCAGCGUUUCGUGCAAAGAGGGACCCGGUACCGGGCCCAUGUGGCCAACCUCCAGGCAGGGACCCUGAGGACGUGCUUGCAGCAGUGGGUGCAGAUGAAGCAGCUCCGGGCGUCAGACGGAGCAAAGGUGGCCCAGCUGUCUCUUUGUUGGCGGAAGGCAGGGAACAUGGCCCUCUUCAGCUCAGUCCCUGAAGGGGCCACAGUGCAUGGGCUGAGGCUGAUGGCCACGGCGCGGGUGCUGCCCCAGGAGCAAGGCUGGGGCUCCUUGCAGGAAGCCUGCCGGAGGCUGGCCCUCCAGCGGGCGCUGCUGCUCUGGAGGACGCGGCUGUCCCAGCACCAGCAGGCGGACUCCUUCUUCGAGGGCAUGCAGUGGCGGGCACUGCGGCACAUCCUGAGGGGCUGGCGCCUGAGAGCACGAGAUGCGGGCAGUGCCAGGAUCGCCUCAGCCCCAGAUCCGCUGGGCGGUGCCCUGGGAGGGGAGGCCCCUCCAGGCCACAGUACACACCGGAGAAGCUCCUGGGACAAGGCUUCCAGGGCCCCCGCCCUCCUGGAGAUGCUCCAGUUGAGCCUUCUGUGCGCAGUGGGUCGGCGACAGCAGGGGCAAUGCCUUCUGCUCUGGCGGGCGCGGGCCCAGCAGUCCCGGGACGCAGCGAGGUGGCAACAGAGCAAGCUUCAGAGGCGCAUCCUCCUUGACUGGAGCCACUGGGCAACAGCCCAAGGGGCCCGGAGAGGGCUGGCUGCCCGCUGGGCCUGGAAUCGGAGGUGCAGGGCCACCCUGGGCCUGUGGCGGCAGCGGCUGGUACAGCGGCGGGAGGUGGAGUGGCGGGCCCGGGAAUGGGGCCGGAGACUGCAGCAACGUGCCCUGGGCCACUGGCACUGCUACUGGCAGAGACAGGUGUUCCUGCAGGAGAAGUGCCAGCGGUGGGUGCAGGCCCGCCUCCAGGGCCUGCGGAGUGCCGUAUUCUGGGGCUGGCAGCAGGCGGCAGCUCGCCGGAGACCUGUGGCAGCCAGUCCAGAGCAGCUCCUAUUGCAGAGGGGACCUGGACCCACACCACCAGGCUCCCACACCAUCCCAGGCAGCCUGCCCUCAGCAGCCAGGGCCGCUCCUCUGCCCCUGUUCUGCAGACACUUCCAGGCCUGGUGUGGAGCCAUGAAAGCCUCCCGGGCCGAGCGUUCAGCCUUCCAAGAUGGUCUGAGGAGACGGAUACCCAGGGCCACAUUUGCCAGUGAGGCCCAAGUGCCCACAGCCCAGCCUCGGGAGCUGCGUGUGGCCCGGGCCUCCUGCUGGAGAAGCCGAGAGCAGGGCUGCCAGGCAGACAGGCAGCUGAGGAGGACCUGGGCCCAGCAGGCCUUCGUUGCAAGGCGAGUGGCCCUGGGCCAGUGUUGCAAGGCCCAUCAGCAGACAGGAGAGACCUCCAGGGCCCAGGCCCUUUGCUGGAUGCUGUGGGCACGUGAGUCCUGCCAGCACCGAGUCCUUCGAGACCGUGCUGUCCCGACUGUGAGCGCCAGGUGGGUGCCCUCAAGCCUGAGGUCAGUCCCGUACUGUGUGGGGCCAGCUUGGACCUUGAACUUGUUUAGGGUCAGGGUACAGAGUAUUUGGUGGCUAGUGGCGGGGCUCUGGGGGCUGGGGGUGAUGGGAGAGAACAUCCUGGUCAUUGCAGCUAGUCCUGGGGUCAAACGCCAGCUCUGUAUUCUCCAGCCACGCCACCCCCUCCUUGGGGUCCUAAAGACCUGGACCCAGUCAGCGACUCAGGGCCACGUCCAGCGAACUGCCAUCACCCACUUCCAGCAGGCUGGGCCCAGGCGCUUCCUGCGAACCCACUGGGCCCAGUGGCGGACAGCGCUGCUCAGAGUGUGGCUAGAACCACAGGCCCAGGAGGCCAGCAGAGCCCACCCGGCCAGGCGGAGGGCCAGCCUCCAGCGCUGGCCUGGGCUGGCCACCAGAGGGCGUCUCCUAGUGCUGAUGAACCCCCCAGCCCUGAAGAGGCAGACCCGCAGCUGCAGGCCAUCGGCCAUGGGGCCCAGCCCAACCCAGCACCGCAGCCCCAGUGGACAGAUGCGGGGAGAAGUGUCCUGGGCUCAGAGCCCGGCUGCGCCGGCUGCAGAGCUCCCAGCAGGCCAGGCUCCGGGCAGCCAUGUGGCAGCGCUGGGUAGAUGCUCAUGGGGCAGAGAGGCUGGCAUGGACACUCGUGAGUGGGGGGCCCCUUCCCAACCUCACGCUGAUCGCCCACCCCGUCCCUUUCCCAGCCCUAACCCCUGGACACAUGGUCUCUCCAAGGCUGCAGGUGGGGAGAGGCAGCGGAGGGGCUGGGGGCUGCCAGGGACAGCGGUGGGCUCAGCUCGGGGCCUCCUCGUGACUGUUCCCACAGCUCAGGCAGUGGCAUCUGAGAUGGGCCUGGCGACUGUGGCGGGGGCGCGUCCUGCGGUUGCAGGUGGCUCAGCGGUUACAGCCUUUAACAAGUGGCACCAGUGUCUGGCAGCCAGGGGCCUGAGGGCCAAAGCCAGCAGCAGCAUGAGGCCCUGGAGCAAGGCAGGCCUCAGGAGGCCCGGAAGCAGGCCGGAAGCUGCCAGAGCCCCAGCACUGGGUGGACCUGGGGCGGAGAAGGGGGCCCAGCUGCAGCUGUGACAUGUUCUCAUGGAAAGGAAAACAAAUCGGAGCUCCACCCAU